GGAUUGUGAUUAUCCCAGCUCUGCAAGACAGCUGAAGUGCACCCAGAAAUUUUGCUCUUGAAAGUAAAUUUUGAUGAGAAUAAGCCUAUGUGCAAGAGUCUAAAUGUUAAGGUACUUCCUUAUUUUCACUUUUAUCGAGGAGCUGAUGGCUUGCUGGAAUCUUUUUCAUGUUCACUUGCUAAGUUUCAAAAAAUAAAGGAUGCUAUCAAAAUGCACAACACAGCACGUUGUAGCAUUUGUCCAACAAAGGGAGUCGAAGGUAUUAAUCUUGAAGCGCUCUCUUCUCUGGUCGACAAGCCAGCAUCAUCUUAAAUGAAGGAUUAAAUGCAAGUGCAAGCAUAUGUCUGCAAUCUAUAGUUGUGAAUUGCCAUGCUAUGCUGCAUGCCAUUGGACCUCCAUCACUAGCUAUCCAAUAUUUUAUAAUUUAUAUUGUAUAUUGGUGUUUCUUUUUUUCCCUUUUAAAACAAUACCAAGCGGAAAUUCAUUGCUGCUGCAUUCUUUGUGAUUCUCAUUCUGGCUGUUAUAUACCUAACUUCAAACAUUAUAUUGUAAAUGAAAAUUCAUAUUGUUA